GCGCACACACUCACAGGACGACGGCUCAAAGCGACAAACCAUCGGGUAAAAGUAACUCAAGACUCAACUUUCUUUAAGUGCAGUCUUUCAAAUGCUGUUGUACUUUUUAUUGAAAGCGGGCGCAGGUGGUUUUGGGUGAUAAAAAGUGAUGAAAGCGACGUAGAAAAGUCGGCAAGCAUUUCACCGCUUGGCUGGGGUCAGUAACCUGUAUGCGGAUUACUGGAACAGAAGAUAGUAUUUAGCGUGCUGCGGAGACACACAAGUCAUUGCUUCACUCCUUCCUCUGCCUUUUCACCAAAGUGGACUAAAAGAAAAUACUUGUUUGGGUGUGAAGACGACGGCGAGGUUCCAUCAAGAAAAGUCAGGAUUUGGAGCAAAAUAACAAAGAUAGCACAAGGACACCAUCUUCAGUUGUCGUCUGCCGUUUAUUGUGCACUGAUGUAUGCUGAAAAAAUUGGAAAAGAGAGCAAGAUGGGUAAGUGGAGUAAGGGGAUCUCUCUUACCUGUGUAUUAACCCCUUGCCGGGUGAUGGGUCUGUGUGUGAUGCUGAUGACCUUGGCAGCCAUCGGAGCAGCAAUCUGGGCCGUAGUUUCAUAUUGCACUUUGGAGGAAGACACAGGAUACUACGAUGUCCAAGUUAAUUCUGCUGACCAACAUCUCAGAGUGUUUGAUUCCGCCCACAAGAGGUGGCGUCAAGUGUGCUCCUCCUCAGCCAAUGAGAUGCUGGCUAGCAUCAGCUGUGAGGAAGUUGGCUUUGUCAGUGUGGUGAAUUAUUCAAUCACGUCUGUGUCGGAUGCUGGUGGUGAAGGUGGCGAGUUCUUCUGUGUCAGGACCAACGAGUUGAGCUAUGGCAAGAAAAUCAAAGACUCUUUGUUCCCAUGUGACUGUGAAAGCAAGGAGGUUCUCACAUUGUUGUGCCAAGACUGUGGCAGGCGUAGUUUUGCAGCAGACCGAAUAGUUGGUGGCAUCAAUGCUAGGCAAGGCAGUUGGCCGUGGCAGGUCAGCUUGCAGUACAAUGGAGAUCAUCAGUGUGGAGGCUCCAUCAUCUCAGACCGCUGGAUUGUCUCUGCAGCUCACUGCUUCCCCGCACGUCUUAGUGUCAUCAGUCGAUGGCGUGUGCUGCUGGGCUCCAUCUACAACAAACCUGGCAAUGCCAUUGUGGCGGAAGUGAAAACUAUUGUUUACCACAGCAGCUACUUGCCCUUUGUGGACCCUAACAUUGACGACAACAGCAGAGACAUUGCUGUACUGGCCCUCACCCAGCCACUCACUUUCAAUGAGUACAUCCAACCUGUUUGCCUGCCAGCAUAUGGUCAAAGACUGAUUGAUGGACAGAUGGGCACUGUAACAGGCUGGGGAAACGUUGAAUACUUUGGUAAUCCAGCAAACGUUCUACAAGAGGUGAACAUCCCCAUCAUCAGUGACGCUGUAUGUAAUGCCCCGGAUUACUAUGACAACCAGAUCACCACCAGCAUGUUUUGUGCUGGCUAUGUAAAGGGAAACGUUGACUCCUGCCAGGGUGACAGUGGCGGCCCCUUUGUGGCAGAGGACUGCUUGUCAAAGACCAGCCGUUACCGUUUGCUGGGGGUUGUGAGCUGGGGAACAGGAUGUGCCAUGGCCAAGAAACCUGGCGUUUACAGCAGGGUGUCCCGAUUUCUUCCUUGGAUAUCUACAGCCAUGAGGAACUAUAACAAUUCACCAGGAGUUCAUAAAAUGGCCCGGACAUGACUUUUCUGACGUUUUCUAUGCUUGCUAUUCCUGCUCAAGAGUGUUUGCCAACCCUGUAAGUGUGAAUGAGAAGCAUAUGAUUGUUUGUCAAGUUCACACCAUAUCAUGGUUUUUACAUUUGUUCUUUAUCCAGCAUUACGGAUUUGUAUCUUACAAAAGCCAGCAACAGUUUUCUGAGAAAUACUCAGAAAUAAUGGUCAUAUUAAUUAUUCAAAGGUAGUAACGUCAAGGCUAGUUUUCAGAAUAUUGUGUCUAUCGACAAAAUACUGUGGCUUAUUGAAGAGAGUGAGUGUUGUUAAAUGGUAUACCAUUUACCAUUACUCUAGUUACUUUGGACAUCAGAAUGUACAAUUCAUAGUAUUAAACCAGUUAAAGAAAUGCAAAGCUCAUUUUUGCAAUGUGAAUGUAAUUUUGUUUGCAAAAGAGCUUUGGAAAACUGUCAGUAAACACUUGCAAAAGCCAUACAUUCCCACUACCAAUGUUCUUGUACUAAUGGAAAAGGUUCAUGCGUUCUGUUGUUUUGACUCAGAUCGUAUUUGGAAGUCAUGGAUGUAUGAUCUGUUGUAAAGACAACACUGAAGGGUCAUCUGCCACUGGACAGGUGAUACAUAGCUGUUAACUUGCCCCUAUGCAAACUUUGUUGUGUUAAAGGAGUCAAAUAAGAACACAUAAUCUUUGUCUGAAAACAAUUGUAGGAGUUUUUUAGGAAAAACAUUUCCUCACAUUUUAUUUAGCAGUGUAGAUUCAUAUGGAUGAGCUCAAUUUGUCACAGAUGUACCAAAUGUACUGCGUUUAACAAACGAAUAAGGCCUGAUCUACUAAAUAUGUAUUAAAAUGCGUGCAAACCUAAUCUACUAAACUUGUGAGCCGAGGACCGCAUCCUUUAAAAGACAAGGGGCGGCAUGGUGUAGUGGGUAGAGCGGCUGUGCCAGAAACCUGAGGGUUGCAGGUUCGCUUCCCACCUAUUGACAUCCAAAUCGCUGCCGUUUUGUCCUUGGGCAGACACUUCACCCUUGCCCCCGGUGCCGCUCACACCGGUGAAUGAAUGAUGAAUGAAUGAUUGGUGGUGGUCGGAGGGGCCGUAGGCGCAAAUUGGCAGCCACGCUUCCGUCAGUCUACCCCAGGGUAGCUGUGGCUACAUAUGUAGCUUACCACCACCAGGUGUGAAUGAAUGAUGGGUUCCCACUUCUUUGUGAGCGCUUUGAGUAUCUAACAAUAGAUAAGCGCGAUAUAAAUCUAAUCCAUUAUUAUUAUUACAAUAAUAGCAUGACUGUGUUCAUGUUUGUACAGAUUGUAUGCAGGGCCACCUUUAACCUGAGGGUAAGCCAGUCAACUUCAAGUAAAGUGAAACCUGUUUCCAUAUGAGUUGGGAAUUUGUUUUAGAUGUAAAUAUAAACGCAAUACAUCCAUUCAUUUUCUACAGCUUAUUCCCUUUGGGGUGGCGGGGGGCGCUGGCGCCUAUCUCAGCUACAAUCGAGCGGAAGGCAGAGUACACCCUGGACAAGUCCUCAUCCCAGGGCCAACACAGAUAGACAGACAACAUGCCAACACAGAUAGACGGACAACAUUCACACUCACAUUCACACACUAGGGCCAUUUUUUUAGUGUUGCCAAUCAACCUAUCCCCAGGUGCAUGUCUUUGGAAGUGGGAGGAAGCCGGAGUACCCGGAGGGAACCCACGCAUUCACGGGGAGGACAUGCAAACUCCACACAGAAAGAUCCCGAGCCUGGGAUUGAACCCUGACUACUCAGGACCUUCAUAUCGUGAGGCAGACGCACUAACCCCUCUUCCACCGUGAAACCCAAACGGAAUACAAUGAUUUGCAAAUCAUUUUCAAACCAUAUUCAGUUGAAUAUGCAAGAAAGACAACAUAUUUGAUGUUCAAACUGAUAAACCUUUUUUUUUUUUUCAAAUAAUCAUUAACUUUAGAAUUUGAUGCCAGCAACACGUGACAAAGAAGUUGGGAAA